AUGCCACGACCCGGCCUCCGUAUCCUUGGUGGACCGACCGACGAGCAUCUAGGCCGAGAGAGGUUAAUGAGUUAUAUUCAGGAUCAAACCUCCGCCGACUUCCCAGACAUGUCUGCCGAAGUAUCAAAUUCGCAAUUCCACACCGGCCGCCUACCCAAUGGUGCCAAGAGUCGCAACAGACCAAAGUUGAUGCUGAUGGGUCAAAGAAGCUCCUUUAUGGAUUUUCAAAUAGCGGAACUCCCAGGCCAUGUCAACUACUUCACACCCGACUUCAACCAAGCUAACAUCUUCGCCGAAAUCGGUGCCGUCAUCUGGGUCAUUGAUGCUCAGGAUCAAUACCUGGACGCUCUCAAUCAACUGAUCGACACAAUUACCUACCUAGCACAAACGUGGCCUGCCAUAAAUGUCGAAGUCUUCGUCCACAAGGUUGAUGGUCUUUCGGAGGAAUACAAGAACGACACUUUCCGCGACAUUCGACAACGAAUUUUGGACGAGCUUUCCGAUCUUGGUUACGACAACGCCCCUGUCAGUUUCUACCAGACCAGCAUUUACGAUCAUUCCGUCUUCGAGUCGAUCAGCAAAGUCAUCCAGAAACUUCUGCCACAACUGCCUACACUGGAGAGUCUGCUCAAUAGCUUGUGCAGUACAUGCCGAAUUCAGAAGGCAUACCUAUUCGACAUCAUCACCAAGAUCUACAUCGCAUCAGAUACAAGCCCACAAGACACCAACAGCUACGAAAUCUGCUCCGACUUCAUCGACGUGGUGGUCGAUAUUGGUGAACUGUACGGAUGGGCAAGACCUCAGCAGGGCGAGAAGACUGAGUUCAACAACCAUGCUUGCGAGAGCAUGGUCACCAUGGAGAAGAAGGGACAGAACUAUUUGUACCUCAGAGAGAUGAACAGAUACCUUGCUCUGGUUUGCAUCAUGGGCGACGACAAUCCAAUGGAGAAGAAGGUGCUCAUAGACUACAAUGUUGGGGUUUUCCAAGAAGCUCUUGCAAAAGUCUUUGGCUGGUAA